AUUAUUAUUUUUUGGUCUCGUUUCAGAGUGAUCCUUUCAUGUCCCUGAUGGGCUUAAGCUGCGGGAUGGAUUUUGAUUCCGAGAAGGCAUACAGGGACGUCGCCUGGCUAGGAGACUGCGAUGAGGGCUGCCUGGCUUUGGCAGAGCUGUUGGGAUGGAAGAAAGAGCUGGAGGAACUGGUGAAAAAGGAACACGCUAUCAUUGAGGCCCAGUCAGGACAGACGGUGGGUGUCGGCGCAGGCGCUGGUCAGCAACCAGUCAAAAAGCAAGAGCAGAAUCCACCUUCGGAGAAAGAAAAGCCAGCUGCAAAGAAAGAAGAAUGAAGAGAUCAGAGAUCGAGGAACCCUGUUUUUCUAUUAUUAAAAAAAAAUACCUCAACCUGAACGGGG